UAUGGGUUAUAGGGUGUAGUGAACAUUGAGCUCACUGAGAAACCCACUGAGUACGUCUCACACACACUUAGCGAGUGACAAUAUAUUGAGUGUUUUGUCAACUGUUAUCGGAAGUUGAGCAACAUUUACUGACAGUUCUUUCUCAAGACCGCUACUGUCAGUCAGAUAAACAAGCAAGGAAGCGAGACGAUACUGAUGGAAACUAUGGGUGAGCAUGACUGUGGUAUCUUUAUUCAACUCUUAUGUUAGCAGGUUAUGUUGGUUGUUGUAAUUCAAAAUGGGAAACGCUCUCGCACAUCUGUGUUACUUGUUGCAGAUGCGUGGGAAUUAUUUGAUAGUAACUUGAAAGGGGGAAAAAACCGGUACACUGCGCUUGCCAGUAUCACUGGAGUUUAUUCAGCUUAUUGGUUGUUGUAAUGUAAUGAAUGAAUUCUCCUUCAUAUUGUUGUGUAUAUCCUAAUGUUUAGUUUGGGUAGAACGGGUAGUGUGAUGUUUGUUUCUUAAGUUGUAGUCUUGUCCUUAUUUGGUUGAGAGGGGAGUUGUUGAUGUUGGGGAAGGGGUGCCGGUGUUAUAUUUCGCCCAAUAAGGUCAGACUAUGCUAGGGCCCCUAGUGGGCCAACACAAAGUUGUUUAUGUUAGUUGAGACACACACAGUUGUCUGUUUUGGUCACUGUUAGGGUGAAACAAGGGACUAGUAUGCUAGCUACAUCUCUCUGUAUGUAAGCCUUGUUGUCUUUCUGUAAUGAGUCUUCAUAGCUCCAAUUCAUUCAUGGAUUUUUAGAUGAAGGAGGGAAAUCAUUCAGAACGAGGUGCAGUAGUGAUUCAGAUUUAUUUUGAUAAGGGAUCAGAGAUAAGGGAUCCUGUUGGAAAAUAUCCAUAUGGUUCAUUUGUCAGAGACCGACACACACACACACACACACACACUGAAAAUGUAGACAGAUGUAUAGUAUUUGUUUAAGCGCAAAACCCUACCUUUAGCCUAUCACUGAGUCUGACCUAGUUACCAUAGCUCAGGUUCAAACCAUGCACUUGGUCAUCACACCCUGGUAAACAGCCAUGUCCUGGUCUCAGAGCAACAGAUGGGACAUGUGGUGUGUCCUCGGCACAUGGGCCAGUAUAAGAUCAUCAGGAGUCGGUACAUAUGGGCUAGUAUAAGAUCAUCAGGAGUCAGUACAUAUGGGCUAGUAUAAGAUCAUCAGGAGUCAGUACAUAUGGGCUAGUAUAAGAAAUCAGGAGUCAGUACAUAUGGGCUAGUAUAAGAUCAUCAGGAGUCAGUACAUAUGGGCUAGUAUAAGAAAUCAGGAGUCAGUACAUAUGGGCUAGUAUAAGAUCAUCAGGAGUCAGUACAUAUGGGCUAGUAUAAGAUCAUCAGGAGUCAGUACAUAUGGGCUAGUAUAAGAUCAUCAGGAGUCAGUACAUAUGGGCUAGUAUAAGAUCAUCAGGAGUCAGUACAUAUGGGCUAGUAUAAGAUCACCAGGAGUCAGUACAUAUGGGCUAGUAUAAGAUCAUCAGGAGUCAGUACAUAUGGGCUAGUAUAAGAUCAUCAGGAGUCAGUACAUAUGGGCUAGUAUAAGAUCAUCAGGAGUCAGUACAUAUGGGCUAGUAUAAGAUCACCAGGAGUCGGUACAUAUGGGCUAGUAUAAGAUCAUCAGGAGUCGGUACAUAUGGGCUAGUAUAAGAUCAUCAGGAGUCGGUACAUAUGGGCUAGUAUAAGAUCAUCAGGAGUCGGUACAUAUGGGCUAGUAUAAGAUCAUCAGGAGUCGGUACAUAUGGGCUAGUAUAAGAUCAUCAGGAGUCAGUACAUAUGGGCUAGUAUAAGAUCAUCAGGAGUCAGUACAUAUGGGCUAGUAUAAGAUCACCAGGAGUCAGUACAUAUGGGCUAGUAUAAGAUCACCAGGAGUCAGUACAUAUGGGCUAGUAUAAGAUCACCAGGAGUCAGUACAUAUGGGCUAGUAUAAGAUCACCAGGAGUCAGUACAUAUGGGCUAGUAUAAGAUCACCAGGAGUCAGUACAUAUGGGCUAGUAUAAAAUCACCAGGAGUCAGUACAUAUGGGCUAGUAUAAGAUCAUCAGGAGUCAGUACAUAUGGGCUAGUAUAAGAAAUCAGGAGUUUGCAAUAGAACAAACAGCACGUGAUAAAGCCGCUGGCCACUAACUGUUUCUGGAUGGCCAUUGGUGUUGUCACAGAGAUGGUGUUUUAGUGGUAAUGUCAGCAAAAUGUCUUCUUAUUUCAGUUGUUUAGUAACCUACCUAAUAGCUGUAUAUGUUUUGUUUUACCCAUUAACCACAGAUCUAGGAUCAGAUCACCCUUCCCCUUUUUAAAUGGGUUGAUUUACCAUUCAUAGAUACUCAGGAGUUUCCAUUAACCACAUAUCUAGGAUCAGAUAACCGUUCCCCUGACAUAACCCUUUAACUUCAGGAGGUUAAUCAGUAAUGAGGUGCAAUAGAGAGAUACUAAUGUCAGGCGACUAGAUAAGGCUAAUCAUCUAACAGUAAUCAGUUCAACUACAGGCCAUCAGAGGUUAAAAUAGAAUUUAGAAACACUGAAGACUAGACAGAGAGCUGACAGCUGAGAGAUGUAGUCCAACUAGAAGCUGCUGUUAAACCAGAUAGACUAGACCGAGAGCUGGGAGAUUUAGUCCAACCACAAGCUGCCAGUAGAAGUGAAACUAGACUGAUUGAUUAGAUAGAGCUGAACGAUGUGUAACUACUAUAAACUGUGUCCAGAGGAGGCAAAAAGAGGAACAUACUCAGCUGACGCUCAUGUUUAUCUCACAGCACACAGCAUACUGUUGUCCACGUGGAAACGGGCCACUAUAAACUGGGCUGUAGGGUCACUGGUGCAUGUGACUAGUUUAGAGAGAGAGAGAGAGAGAGAGAGAAAAGAGGAACUGACACACAUACUGACAGCAGAGAAAUAAACAGUACACACACACUCACACAUUGACCAACUGAAAGUGGAGCGAGAGAGAGACGGAGCCAAAAGAACACACACACUUAGGAGGAAGGAAACACACGAAAACACUGACUGGCUGAAACCAGAGAUGACACACACACACACACACACACACACACACAGAGCUACUGUUGUCCAAGGACAAGGUAAGGCUCAUCAGCCAGCUUUGGCAGUCAGAACCAGCUAAGAAACAGUCUUUCUGUAGCCGCACAUGAACUGAACCACACACACAAUUUGCCUUGCAAAAACACACACAUUUCCCCCCAGUCCAAUAGUCCACACGCACCCUUAGAUGUCCUAUUUAGAUCAUGUUUUCUUUCUGUGCCCCCAAAAAAACUUUAGGUAGAAAACAAAGGCCCAGGUUGUCAAUCUGUUCUGUGCUCCAAGUCAGGUGACUGUAGUCAAUAGGUGAUCUUCACCUGGCAACAACCCCAAUCUCACCUGAACUUACUCCUGAUUGGCCAAGGGGAUUAGGUUAGUGUGUUUUGGUUGGUCGGAUCCUCUCUGAAUUGAGAGAGCAAUAAGGAUAAAUGUCACCCUUAAGCACAGAUCUAGGAUCAGCUUACCUUCCCCAAAUCCUAACCUUAACCAUAAAGGGCUAGAGGUAAAACUGACCUAUGAUCAGUGUGUAGGGAAAAGCGUUAGCUGGUGUUCCUACAGCAGUAGACAUGGAUAAGUACAACACUAGGUCCUGUUACAAUGUGAGGAACCAGGCAUGUGGGGAGUGAGGCCUAGGGUUAGCAGGACUUCUCCCCAGAGACAGUCACCUAUUUCUGGGAUGGUAUCUACCCCGGGUACCCUUGUUGGCCCUUUUGUGUGGUUCUGUGUUGUGGGGAUCACUGAGAGUUGUGGUUAAAAUAGUUGGAGCUUGGUGUUGGAUUAAAAUAUCAUAUGACAAUGUAAUUGUUGUAACCCCUACAAUGUUUUCUAUCUCCCUACACCCUCUCUCUGUCUCCGCCCCCUCCCUCCAGUCUGUCCAAUGGGCAGUGGUGCCAGUAGACUCUACAGCUCCCUGGCCCAGACCCUAGUUAACAACAACAACACCACCACUACCACCCCACUGGCCCAUCACCAGGACCCCCAGCACCCCUCCCCCUCCCCGGGGGAGCACCCUGCGGACCCCCUGGAGCUGCUGAGGGAGUGUGAGGAGGCUCUCCGGGACAGGCCCCCUCGCCUCCUCAGAGCCUUCAUCUGCCCCGGGGAGGGAGAGGCGGACAGGGAGGAAGGGGACAACAGCGCCACCCAGAGGACCAUCAGGGUUAUGCAGUGGAACAUACUGGCUCAAGGUAAAGAUGUUUUUUUUUUUUUCUUGUAGCCUUUCUUCAGCACAUAUAAUCAUCAACGUUUCAUCUCAUUCAGGGUUAUUAAAUGGUAUCUUUUAUUGCACAUUUUAAUUCCAAACAUGAAGGACAGUGAGAUGGAUAGACUGACAGAUGAAUGAUCUCUCUCUCUUCCCCCUCCUCCCUCCAGCUCUAGGUGAAGGUAUGGACAGUUUCAUCAACUGUCCCCUGGAAGCCCUGAACUGGGCGGCGCGUAAAUACCUCAUCCUAGAAGAGAUCCUCACCUAUCGACCUCACAUCCUGUGUCUACAGGAAGUCGACCACUACUACGACACCUUCCAGCCAAUCCUGGCCAGCCUAGGUUACCGCGGCAACUUCUGCCCCAAACCCUGGUCUCCAUGUUUGGAUGUGAAGGGCAACAAUGGUCCGGAUGGGUGUGCUCUGUUCUAUGAUGAAGCCCGGUUUGACUUGCUGGAUAGUGUGAACGUCCGGCUGUGUGCUGUUUUAAUACCCACCAACCAGGUUUGUAAAACUAUGCUAGUUAACUACCAUGUAUGGAUACAAAGAAAAUAUGAUUUCUUCCUUGAAGUAAUCACAGGUCUGACAAGGUUUGACAGUAAUAUGAAGGAAACGCUGCUUUCCAAGCACAUAGAGAUCUGAGAUUACCUCAAGGAAGGAUGGAAGGAAGCAUUCCAACAGGACCCUAUUUUAUAGCAGGCAGGGGUGGUCAACCCUCCUGCUGGAGAGCUACGGUUUGUAUAGAUUGUUCAAAAUACAGACUGGAAUGUAACCCUUAACUGUUUUAUGCAAAUGUCUUCCCUACAGGUGGCGGUCGUCACGACGCUGCGUUGCAGGGCGACAGGCCGGCGGCUGUGUGUUGCCGUGACGCACCUCAAAGCCCGGAGCGGCUGGGAACGUCUCCGUAGUGCCCAGGGUUCCGACCUUCUCCGGAACCUCACCACCCUCACCCAAUCACCAGGGGGUCCCACGGGCACCGCCCCAGACACCCCUCUCCUUGUCUGCGGGGACUUCAACGCUGUGCCUUCCGAGGACGUCUACCAACGUUUCGCGUCGUCACCGUUGAUCCUUGACUCGGCCUAUAAAGGGUUAAGCCGGGACGGGCUUUCGGAACCGGCCUAUACAACGUGGAAGAUCCGGCCUACGGGAGAAUGUUGUAGCACAUUGGACUAUAUCUGGUACUCUAGAGAAGCUUUCAGUGUGGACGCGGUGUUGGCUAUGCCUACAGAGGAACAGAUUGGCCCUAACAGGCUUCCAUCGUAUAACUACCCCUCCGAUCACCUCUCGCUGGUGUGUGACUUCAGCUUUAAAAAGCAGGAGUGAGGGAUGGGGAGUGAAGAGGACCAGAUGGAAACUUUUGAUUGACGGAACGAGGGAUGGAAGGAUGGAGGGAACCGAAGCACCACUAUCCCUCCCGAGUCCGGACACAUCUCUCUGGGGUAUGAUGACUGGAGAACAGGAGGAGUGAAAGAGGGAAUGAGAGAGGGAUGGAUGGAGUACACUACCCUCUGGUGUGAGCUUACUUUUCAGAAGUCAUGUUUUCAUCGACUAAAACACUGAAUGAAGGAGAGACAAAGAGAGGGCUGGACGGGAUAGACUGGACGGGA